AUGGAGGAUGAUAGGAGGCCACCGUCCCCAGAUCCUAGCUACCGCUCCGAGUCCCCGGAUACACCACGCUCUGGGGCAGGUAGCGCGGAUCUAGCUGGAGUGUACCAGCUGAUAGUGCAGCUCCUCCAGCAGCAGCAGCAGAUACAGUUAGCUACCCUACAACCAACCAGCUCUUAUUAUGAGAGGUUCCGACGACUGAACCCACCAGUAUUUGAUGGCGGACCGGACCCGAUAGCGGCCGAGACAUGGAUUCGGGAUAUGGAGAAGAUGUUCCAAGCACUCCAGUUCCCCGAAGAAACGAAGGUCCGAUUAGCCAUCCCCCAGCUGAAGGGGAGCGCCGAGUUUUGGUGGACGACCAUGGAGACCGCAUACCCCGCCAGCAGGAUUACUUGGAGGGACUUCACGAGGCUGUUCUAUGCAGAGUAUUUCCCGGACUCGGUGAACCAGAUGAAACAAGAUGAAUUUUUGACACUGACGCAGUCCGAGCAUAUGUCUGUCCUGCAGUAUGCCAGCAAAUUCAACGAACUGGGCCAGUUCUGCCCCCAGUUCAUGGAAAAUGAAAGGAGUAAGGCAAGCCGGUUUGAGCGGGGGCUGAGGUACAGGAUCAGAUCUCGGAUAUCUUCUCACCUAUUCACCUGCUACAGAGACGUGCUGGACCGGGCCUUGAAGGUUGAGGCCGACUUGAUGAGGCCGGACUUAGAAAGAAGUGAUCUGACGAAGGCCAGGUCAGCAGGAGGACAGAGCAGUAGGCCCAAGGGCAUCAAGGGGUCUAUGAUUAAGAAGAGGCAGAACCGAGGUUGCCCUAGCUGCGGCAAGCAUCACAGUGGGCCUUGUCUGAAGAAAAUUGGGGCUUGUUUUACAUGCGGGCAGCUCGGACAUAUGGCACGUGACUGCCCAAAGAGGGCACCCAGACCUCCUGCAACUGAGGGCCAGAAGCCAACGAACACCCCCCGAGUAUUCGCACUGACUCGCCAGGAUGCUAGUGCGAGCGACCAAGUGGUGACAGGUACACUGCCAGUUAAUUUGAUUGAUGCCUCUAUUCUAUUCGAUUCUGGUUCCACACAUUCCUUUGUGUCAGUUAGUUUUUCCAAACAGUUGCACUGCACAUCUGAGAAAAUAGAACCAUUGCAUGUUGCCACACCUCUUCAAGAGACAGUGAUAGUUGACACUAAAUACAAGAACUGCAUAAUUCAGUUGGGAGGAAAAGAAUUAGAAGCAAAUCUUCUACAGCUGGACAUGCAUGAUUUUGACAUCAUCUUGGGGAUGGACUAG